AUGGACUACCAGGACGACGAGCCAGCGUCAGGCGCCGCCGAGGGUGCUAAGGCAAGUAUUAUCGAUACGAGAGCUCGUAGAAAGCAAGAGAAGAAGGAGAAGAAGGAGAUGCGAAGGCUCAAGAAAGAAGCUCGGGAGACACAGAAUACGAAGGAAGCAGAGAAGGUAAAAGAGGCAGCACCAAACCCCCCAGCUGACCAGACGCCCGCGACUCCGGUCAAGAAAGGCAGGUAUGGUCCGCGCGGUCCGUACAAGAAGAGAGAGAAAGGGCCGGAUGGUACGCCUGUAUCUAGUAUGAAGCGCAAGAGGGAGGGUAGUGUGAAUGCCGAGAAAGCAGCUGCCACCAACGACAAGGUGAGCAGCGACUUGUGCUUUCUCGGGCCUGGUUUCCUGCAGAGCUUGAAGGAGUCUAUGGCCAACCCCGGUUUCACAUUUUCUCCGAAAUUCGACGAUACUGGCAUUGCAGAGGACUCACUAAAGAAGAACAAGACGGGAAGGCCACCAGCUAUCCCAGAGGUUGCCACUCGGUCUCCAGAAAAGACGCCCGGAGUGAUCAAGACUCCCAUUCCUCUCCCGUCUGUCGCCCCCAAAGUCCUCUCUGCCGCCAACAAACUACCCAGCGAGUCACCCUACAGCCUGAAUGAGAGUACGAGUGGGCCUCAGCCGAAGAAAAUCAAACCAACAAAGCCCGAGCCUCAGAUCCUUGUCCCAGAGACACCUCCGUCGCGUAUGGUCAGUGAGCUCAUGACGACUCCCCGGCCAGCACCCAUACCAUUCAUACUCCAGAAGAAGAAGGUGGAAGGAGACCCAGCGCGUGCAAAGUAUGUGAUAAGCAGUCAAGGCUCAGUCAUGCCACUGGUCAGCAACCAGGCAACUGGCUUGACAUCGUCGAACCUGAUGGCCCACAAGCAACAACUCCAAGGAAAGUCCAAGUUGCCUACACGCCGUCGCACUGUAUCGAUUGCUACGUCGAGCGGCACAUCAGGCACCACCCCAAGCAUCAGGGACAUGUUUCUUCGAAUCGGAAAACCCUAUGACAACCCAUUCUUCAUCGAGCCCAAGAAGCCGAGCCAGGACAUUGAAAGGCAUGAGGAAAGCAGCCUCGCGGUCUUCACUGCCGCCUUCGCCACGGUGCGAGCCACCAUCAACUUCACUGACGAGAAGGAAUACCUUAUUGAAUACGACGCACUUGUUGCAGCUUCUUCUGGUCCCCUGCCUUGUCUGCACAAACUGACAGGCUGCAAUCCGAAAGGAGAAGAUAUGCUGCGUCUCUCAUGCGAAGAGAUGACUUCAGCGGUCUUGAAGAUGACAAAAACAUCCGAAGCCGAGGCGAAAGUAACCAAUGAUGCAAUCGCUCGCUGCAAGAUGGCCGAGUCUCUCCUCCGUAACACUAUUGCUGCACGCAUCCCCGUUCCGCUCGGAGUCAUCGAGGGCCGCUGGUCGUUGUACUGCCCAGGCUACAGUGGCAUGCACGUGGACAAAUAUUGGGAUGGGAAGCGCACACUCACAGUGUCGGAGACAGCAGGUGCUAGCAAGCAUGGGGGCGUGUAUACAGCUCGACUGUUGUUACUGCCGCGUAGCAUAUCGUUUGCCAUGGGCGACUUUGCAGGACCGCCACAUGCGUCAUUUCGCCAUGUGGGGUUGAAGACGGUACCAGAGGGGUAUAAAGUGGAGAUAGUGUUUCUGGGAAAUGGGUAUGCCAAAGUUCGGCUGGACCCGUAUCUGUUGCUGAUGGGCAAGGAGACGGAAAAGAGCAAGGCUAGUUCUUGUUCUACUGGCACCUUCGAGUUUCUGGCCGUUCAUGAGAAAUCGGUUCUUUGGGAAAAAACGAUUGAGGGAAGGAAGGCUUCUACCAAGCAUGAUGGCUGA